GAUCACUCCUGAACCACACUAAUGGAUAUUGAUGAGUGGGAGUUUCUCUCUGAUGAUGGCUACCUUGAUUUCAAUGAAGAGGGUGGGAAGCAAAAGCAAAAGCAGAAUUCCUUUGGAAAAUUGGACUCCGAGGGCAUCUUUGACAUGGACUACUUUUGCUCAUCACCACCACCACCAAGGGUGAGAACUCAACUAGUCCCUUUGCCAAUUCAAUUGGAGCCAAAAAUUGGGAAGGCCCCAGAAGAUAUUUUGGUGAAAGACAUCAUCAAGAGUAGUCCUAUGGAAGUGGCUAUUGCUACCCCAUCAGAGAACACAAAGGAAUUUGAGACAGUGGAAGCUGAUAGAGUGAAGGUUUUCUUCAAGAUCAAGGAGAAAAGUGAGUUUGUGGACAUGAAAAGGGGAAUCUUGGCUCCAAUGGAUGCUGCUGGUUCCUUGAAAUUUGAGGACAAAGGUGAGGCCAUGGAGAUCAUCACCUCUCCCAGAAGGAGGGUUAUUGAGAAGGAUGUGUGUGACAAAGAAGAGGAGUCCACUUGGGAGGAAGACAACAACAGUGGUUUCAACUUGUGGAAGUGGAGUUUGACAGGUGUUGGAGCUAUCUGUUCUUUUGGUGUUGCUGCUGCUACUAUUUGUGUUCUCUUCUUUGGAAGCCAGCAGAGGAACAAACUAAAGCAGGAUCAGAAGAUUCGGUUCCAGAUCUAUACUGAUGACAAGAGGAUUAAGCAAGUGGUGCAGCAUGCGACCAAAUUGAAUGAUGCAAUUUCAGCAGCAAGAGGUGUUCCUAUGAGCAGAGCUCACAUAAGCGUUGGUGGUUACUAUGAUGGUCUUUGAAAGCAUUGAUUAGGUGCCUUCGUGAAGCAAUUGUAGUCUACAAUGGAUCAACCAUGCUAUAAGAUCUAUUAAUCUGGCCCUAUCCUAUGUUGCUGUAAAUAACAUGAUGCCAGAUGUUACCUUAUUGUUGUUGUUUGUUCUGUAUAUUUUCUGUGGUCUUGUAAAUUAAGUCACAGAUCAGAGGCACUUUUUUUUAUUAUUAUUAUUUGAUUAAUAUUUUGGAAUUUAUGUAUCAAGAAUUCAAGAUGUUUCUAGCUUUA